AUGGCUGUGCAACAGUGUCUGGGGAUUUUUCACUCUGUUGUAUUAAUUGCAGUCUUGACAGUGUUUCUCUUUCAAAUUACCAAAGUUUCCCCCACCGAGAGUCCACAGGAAAUCGAUAGAAAACAGAGAAGCCAAAGCUCCUCCAAAGAUUCUACCGACCAACCUUCAUCUAGCCUCGAGAAUUCCAAAGUAAGCCUUUUUUUUGUUUUCUAUUUCAUGAAGGAAGUUUGGUCAAGAUCUAUUAUUUUGCCGAAGUAUUAACUGAUGGUGAACGUGCAGAACGCGUGGUGUCAGUCAUGCUCUACACGAGUCUUGUUCCACCUUGUUCCCACGCCCAGGUGAACUUAGCGUAUCCAAUCCGUUGCGUCUACUAAACGUAAACUUUGUCGAAAGGAAAGCUAUUGCGUCGCGGAAAUUUUGUCAACGGGGUUUGAGAUGUUUUCACGUAGAGCCAGUCUUCUAUUUUUGGCUUGCAACAACUUUGCUUCCUAUUCUGAAAAAGCCGCGCGAAGAUAAGAAAACUAAUUGAUAUGUUUUUCUUUUCCCAAAAAAUUCUGUAUCAUGGGCAGUUAAGUUUUAAAGUUAUGUUUAGGUAUUUUUGUAUAGAUUUCACUGUAAUUGUCAGUCUGUUCAGUUCACGUUACCAGAUACAGUAUGAUGUUUAACACAAGCACUUCGGAAGUUAGAUGAUCCUUUAAUGCCGCUGCAUUCGUAAUGCUUAGGAUAUUUUGAAAUUAGCGUGAAGCGGUUCUUUUAAUCAACAGCGGCAGAAAAAAAGGACGGUAUUUGCCUCCGAUAACCUUUGAUGGACAAUGUAAAUAUCUACGUUCGUCUUGCAAAAGUCGUUUAAAAAAUAAAUUGUACAUGUAUUUAUAGAGAAACUGAAAAGCCGAUCUUUUUCAGAAAGUAUUCUAAAUAAAAUAGUUACUGGCAAUAAUUAUGGUUGGUACGGUAUGCAAACUCAAUAAAUAACCACUCAUUUCGUGAGGCUUUCUGCUGAUCUAUUUGCAAGCUAAUGCUUAUGCUACAGUAUUUUCUAGCCUCUAGACUUGAAGGUAUUUGAUCAGACGCUUCGCAUGCAAGAAGGAAUUUCUUGCCCACUGGUAUAUGUCGGUUUUUCACAUUAGACAAGUGCAGUUAAAACCAGUCAUGGCCCUCCUUUUCUUUUCAUUAAAGUCUAAAUAUAUCUAAACUGGGCUAACUGAAAUAACAAAGGCCAGCCUUAGUGUCUUACAACGUGGACUAAAAAUGACAAUUUAGGGUAAAAAAGCAACUUUAAUUAUAUACUGAUAAAAAAAAACUUACAAUAAUAAGGACAUUCAAAUAAAUGUUCUUCUACACUGUCAGGAGGUAUAAAAGGUUGUUUUCCGACCUUCACUUGUGUCUACUCAUCGAUGGAUGGCGCGUGUUUAAUUGCUACAAACUGUUAACUGUGACUCUGUGAAAAUUAUCAACACAGUGUCGGGGGGACACUAUCAAGCCUGUACGAACUCGAUUCCUUUCUUUUCUGGCAAAGACUUAAGAGCAUUUUGAUACCAUCUAUAUUUCUUACAACUGUUUUACGAACAUUUCUGCUGGUGUUAUGGAAGAUACUUUAGAAAAGGUGUUAGCUUUAAGGGAGCGUCUGCUGAGAUCUGUUGCUUAAAAUAGCUCUCAACAUUCCACCGAACACACAUAAGGAGGUAAUUACACACGAUCAACUCCCAACAUGAUACAAAACCUGCCAUUGUCAAAAAAGAGACAUUUUAGUACGAGUGCUUGCCUUAGCGCUGGGGGUAGGGUGGGUUUACUCGAAUAAAAGAUGCUAGGAAUGUGACGCUGGAUUCCUGAUUGUUCAUUUUAUAAGUGAUGAACUGUUUUUAUUAUCCUCCAAACUGCAGGGAGCUGAUAAUGGCUCGAAUGCUUUAAACCCUGCGGAAAGUUGGAACAUCUUCAGAAAGCAAGGCGGCAAAGGAAAGAAGGGAAAGCAUAAUAAACACAACAGAGAAUCAUCCAAGGUAAAAUAAAAAACCCUCUCCAAACAGAAAAUUAUUUCUUAUUUUCUCAUGAAUUUAUUUUUAUUUUCUGGUGGAAGAAGAUACGCUAUUUAAUAGUUCAAGCCAAUGGUUCCGGGUUAAUCAACAGUUUUCUCGAUAGGAGAACGUUAACAGAAGUUACUGAUAUGGUGUCGUUGACAUAGGAAUGUGAAGCCUUUUUCAGAUUGACAAAAUAACCGACUUGGGGUCUUUCUUAUAAGAUUUAUCUUUUUUCAGCUGGAUUUAGGAAAAUAUUUAAUUUAAUAUUUAGUUUUCCAAAAUGACAAGAUCUUACCUCUUUAUCCAUUUACGUUUAAAAUAACUUGCAGAAUCAGUGUGAACCUAGUCCCGGUCCCCCUGGCCCUCCCGGUCCACCUGGACCUGCUGGUCCACCUGGAGCCCAGAUCACCGAGGCCACCAUGAUGGCGGAAUUCAGGAGCAUGGUGCAGGGUGAGCGCUGGUUUUAUCACGCUGUUUAUUUCUUGUUAAGAUGGCUUAUUUUAUGGGUUCAGUGUUACUGUUUAAGGAAACUACUCACUUCUGAUUAACAACACAUCCAGCUGCAUAAUGCCUUCACACAGUCUUGAAAUCUAUGCGUAAACGUUUUUAUCUUCCCUGCCUUUUGACACGAGGAAGAAUAACUUGCAAAAAAAAUUCUGUAUAAACUAAAAUCGUGGGCAGGGGGGGCGGGGUAUGCUAAAAUAAAAAAUGUUCCUGGUGCUGGAUGACAGUUUCUCACCUUUGUCCAAAACAACUAAAGUAAUUUCGCCUCUGAAAAUAUAAAGGUUAUACCCACAACUACAUCCCCGAGAGCUCGCGACUUUCUCAACGCAAAUUUACUAACCACGAUAAAAGAAAGUGGACGCUGUAAGAUGGGGGGUGGGGUGGGGGUGCAAAGAUAGAGAAAGAGAGAGAGGCAGAACAGUCAGAGAAUAUUCAGGCAUUGAAACAUGAAGAAUGACGACUUUUUGUAAUCCGGCUCUUUUGUUUUCAUACAGAAAGUGCAAAUCGUCGAUCAAGACGUAUUGCAGACCAGGUAUGAAGAACCAUUUUUCUUUUCCUGCACCCUGAGUCACAGACGCUUUUCAGUGACUUCUUGCUCCCAUGACCUUGCACAGCGUACAAAUUAUCUGUUAAGCGGGCUAUGAUCACUCAACGAGACAAUAUUAAUUACUUCAUAGAGUGGAACUCUACAACCCUGGUCAAAACGUCUUGGGACACUUGAGGAAAUUAGGCACAAAGACGCACGUUGCGAGAUUAACUCAUAUUCUACCUCUUAAAAAAGCUUGGGGAUGUUGUUAUAAGGGGCUGUUUCUGCUGUCCCCCUCUCCCCCAACUACGGCAGUGUUGAUUGUAUUGAAUUAAAACUUGAAUGCAUAACGUCAACACUACUCCGGCGGGGAAGGGGGGAAGGAAGAUGCAUCAAUUUGACGAACUAUUGCAUUAGUGUCUCAAGAGAUUUGACCAGGGUUGUAGGUAGCGAACGUUUUCUAUGUUCCACAGGUAUUACUCCUUUAACUUGUAAUAACUUGUAGUUGUAAUUUGAGCCCUCCCCCCCGUGCGUUCAAUUGUAACUCAACAUUGCUUAUAAAUUAAAAACGAGUAUAUGGCUUUCAAGAUUUUUAAAGUAGAAAGUGUAUUUUCCAACAGAACAUCAGUCUUAUGGCAGCAGGAAUACCUGAUCUCCUCUCAGCGCAUCAUGUUGAACUUCGACAUGACGUCACGAUUGCGAAGAAAUCCCACCAGGAACUGAAAAACUACAAACUGCCUGUAAGUGGAAAUUGUUUGUUCGCUGAUUUCCGGAUCAAAUUCUGCUCGUGUAAAAGAAAGCAGGCUUUAAUAUAGCAAGCUUUGCAGCUCCUACUCUUUGCGUUCUUGUUUGACUGAGUUACUUUAAGUCCCGAGAUCUAAGCUAAAGUCUUAUGAUGAUCGAAGAUUUUCUAUUGUAGGACCUAAAUUAUGGAACAGCAUACUCACAUCUUUAAGGAAUAACGAUUCCUUGAAUUCUUUCAAAAAACACUUAAAGACAUAUUUAUUUCACCAAGCUUUUUCUUAAUUUAUAAAUAGAUUUUUAUUCAUUUUUCAUACUAAUAUAUGUAGUUGUUAGAUUUUUUUAGAGUUUUAAUAUAUUUUUUGUGAUAUUGUGAAGCGCCUAGGACAGUUGAUGAUAUAGACGCUAUAAAAAUAAAGUUUAUUAGUAUUAUUAUUAUUGUUAUUGUUAUUAUUGUUUUACUACUUUCAGUUGACCUAACAGUCCGUUUCAGUUGAACGAGGACACCGUGUUAUUGCGAAAAACAAAUGUUGCCAACAGAAAUUUCUGAUAGUGUUAGGAGAAUAAUUAAAAAACUAGAUAUCUUUGAGCGUGGAUAAGACGCCGGAAAUUUUAUGGAGAAACAACUGUUGACUAGCUGGUGGUCAGAGAGGUCCCUGUUUUAGCCGACUCUGCACCCCCACCACUCAAUUAAGCUUCCUUAGCUUUUAGUUAAUCUAACGUGCUCAUUGACCACCCCGUCUUUUUGUUGGAUUCUUUGUUUUUACGCAGGGCGACCAUUCUGGGACGUUUGUACGCGGAAAUGAUUUUAAUGUGCGCUCCGGACGAUAUAUCGUCCGGUACAGCGGUGUGUACCAACUCACAGCCAACCUACUAUUAUCACGUGACAGGGAAGCAAAUCUGCGGCCACGUGAUCACGUGAAAGUCAGCAUCUGCAUCAGUUCACUGUGUGAAUUGAACACGUGAGUGAGCAUUCUGAUUCAUCAUUUUUGAAAUUCACUAUGAUGUGCACAAAUGGGAAUCGGGGGUUUUGAUACGAUUAUCUAAAACUGGAUAUUGUCGUAUCAAACGUCCUUUGGACUUAAAAUUGAUUUAGUUGAACAUUCCUCAGUCUGUGUUCACAAAAUUACUGCCCCAGCCCCGUAGAAGUUUAAUUUCACUCGUGCCAUGGGAGUACCUAUAGUACUUGAAUAUUCAGUGAAAAAAUUGGCACCUUCUUUUAAACAGGAAUUAAGGUAUUUCCAUCAAUUGUUUCAGAGCUCUGACAACAAUAACAGGAAUGGAAAGCAACAGUCUCCGGUUCACAGUAACAGUCAGUGGCAUGUUGAUGCUAAAGGUAAAAAAAGACAUAUGGCCCUUGAAUGGCUACACUUAGGAUGUAUAUCUUGUAGUUAAUUUUUUAUUUCAGUUAAAACAAGUUUUGUAGUCAUCUGCGCUUUUCUUGAUAUAAAGUAAGGGGCCAAAGUAAGGUAUAAUUGCUUCCUAGGCAGUACCUAGAAUUCAGUAUUUUUUCUUGUGAAUUGAACUUUCCGUCAGUAGUUCAGCACGAUGUUUUUCGUGGAUUUUCAGCGUGAAUUUGGGCCUUUGUAGUCUCCUACGAAGCUGUUUGGGGGGCAGCAAGGGAAACUAGGCCCUUUGUGUUAAUUUCAAAAUCAACAUAACUUGCAACAGAAACCGAGCCCGAGGUUUCGGUUUUAAAAACUAGCAACGUCAAUCACAUGACUGUCCGUAUUCAUUAGUUUGUCCAUGCGCUAAAGAGAAAACAUUCGUGUUUCUCUGCGGCCCUUUUUUUAGUCUUUCUUUCCAGUAACAUGAAAAUCGAUGAACAGAAGAUCAUGUCGUCUUGGAAAGUAAAAAUUGGUUCUGAAAAAUAUAAUUUUACCCUUAAUAUGUAUUGAGACUAUUUUAUUUUCUACUAGGCUGGACAAUAUGUAUCGCUGUACAUCGAGAAUAAUACCAACAAGCCUAUAAACAUCCUGGAGAAGACCUCAUUUUCUGGACUUAUGAUUGGUCGCUAAUAGGAGAUUAUACUACAGAGAACAUCAUACACUGCGAACUGAACUAUAAACUAUUCUUAUUCUUAAGAAAAGUGCUCUAAGAAAAAAACAAACAACCUACUCUUCUUUAUUUUCACUAAUACUGAGAUUAUGUCUAGACUAUAAACAAUAGAAGGAUGGAAAUCAAUUUAUUUCCUUCGGGUUUUUAUCAGGUAUUGGUCUUGCAAGUCAUUCAUUUAACGCUACUGAUCGUCGUUUUUGGAGCUAGAAGAUGUAUAUAAACCAGCUCCUGGGAUUGCAAAUCUCGUAGAAACUGCAUUAGAUCUGUGCGUGGAAAAAACUGUUCUUCAAUGAGUCAUUUAAAUCAGAAUGCAUUACUAACUGUAUGUACUGGCGCCCGGACAGGCGCGGCGCGAGUGGAAGCUUGCAGUAUGAGCGACAAAGUAGCCAAGGCAACUGCGUUUUCAUAUAUUUUGAACAGUUUUGAUUGUUUUUCGUCUCCCUAUUUUGUGUUUAUCAUUUUCCAUUUAUUUCAAAGUAAAAUAGAACCGAGAGAAGCAUUUCUGGUUCUUAAGUGGGCUACAUCAAAUGUUAUUACUGUUUUAGGUCAAUUCUGAGAAGAAGUCAUUACUUGGUGUCUUGUUCAAGUACAAAAGGUUGUAGAGUUAUGAUGCGAAGAUCAAACCAAGAUCCAUUAGGGCUCUCGAUCAAACAAUUAUCAUCAGGGAGAACCAGCC